CACGUACAGCUCAGCAAAGCAUGCAAUUAAGCAUGCAGCUGCAGUCGGCGGAUCGGAGUUUUUAACGAUGAUCGUCUGACUCGAAGGAAGUGGCCCAUCAUCAUCAAGCGAGUAAAAAUAAUUGUAAAAUCGAUUCCAACAAUUGGUUUCCAAGGAUGAUGGAUGUCUGUUGAGCUGGAGUAGUUAUUUUAGUUGUACUGACCAGCUGUAGAGAAACUUCUGCAUGAUGUCACUGUGGAGGCUUAUCACGGGUGUUUGCAGGGUUCCAUGCAGUGGUGGUUCCUCUGGGUUUAUCAAGACCCUCUCAACUUCAUCUUUUGCCCACAAGUCUAUUGUUUUAGGAGCUAAAGAAUCCAUUGCAGCAAUAGUUGGUUCCCAGAAUGUUUCGUCUGCAGAAGCUGUGCGUGAACAACAUAACCAUGAUGAAUCAUAUCACAUACCAGUUUCAUCUCCAGACCUGGUUGUGUGGCCCAGGACCACUGAAGAAGUGAGCCAUGUAGUCCAGAUAUGCAGGGACCACCAGGCCCCAAUCAUCCCAUUUGGAACAGGAACAGGACUUGAGGGAGGUGUCCUAGCACCACCGGGAUCAGUUUGCAUAGAUCUAACCAAGAUGGAUGAGAUCUUAGACCUUCAUACAGAGGACUUUGAUGUGACUGUCCAGCCUGGAGUAACUAGACUAGCCCUUAAUCACCAUCUCAAAGAUCAUGGAAUGUGGUUUCCAAUUGAUCCUGGAGCGGAUGCAUCACUUGGUGGCAUGGCAGCAACGGGUGCAUCAGGAACCAAUGCUGUGCAGUAUGGUACUAUGAAAGAGAAUGUCCUCAACCUAGAGGUAGUGCUUCCUGAUGGAUCUAUUCUCCAUACAGCAGGCAAGGGCAGUCGACCAAGGAAAAGUUCAGCAGGGUACAACUUGACAAGUCUGUUUGUUGGAUCAGAAGGAACCCUAGGUAUCAUCACCAAGGCAACGCUCAAGAUAUAUGGAAUGCCUGAAAUGAUGAUGUCAGCAGUGUGUUGCUUUGAUACAGUCAGUGCAGCAGUAGAUUCAGUAACACAAGUAUUGCAGUGUGGAGUUCCUAUUGCUAGGAUAGAAUUUCUUGAUGAAAAUUCUGUUGAUGCAACAAAUAAAUUCAGUGAUUUGAACAACAAGCUGGCUCCUACUCUUUUCUUGGAAUUCCAUGGUUCAGAAGCUUCCAUCAAAUCACAAAUAGAAACAGUUGGUGACAUUGUAGCAAUGAAUGGAGGAUCUAACUUUGAAUGGGCUACCAAGAUGGAGGAUAGAAACAAACUCUGGAAGGCUAGACAUGAUAUCUGGUAUGCUAGUCUUGCAGUGAGACCAGGAUGUAAGGGUUUAUCCACAGAUGUAUGUGUACCAAUCUCUCAUAUGCCUCGUGUUAUCUUGGAGACCAUUGAUGACCUAAAAAGAAUGGGUUUCAUAUACGCCAUAGUUGGCCAUGUUGGUGAUGGCAAUUUCCAUUGUGUGUUAUUACUGGAUAAAGAUAAUGAUGAUGAUUUCAAGAAGGCAAAAGAAUUCACCAGUAUACUUGGGAGGCGGGCCAUUUCUGCAGGAGGGACUUGCACCGGAGAACAUGGGAUUGGCUUAGGCAAGAAAGAUCUUCUGACUGAAGAGAUUGGUGAUGUUGGGAUACAUGUCAUGAAGCAGAUUAAACAUACAAUAGAUCCUUUGAAUAUUAUGAAUCCUGGCAAAGUCUUAUAAUAUCUUUAAAUAUCUGUGAAUUGAACAUAGCCAUACAGCAGUGAAUUGUAUUUGAAUCAUACAGCAGUAUAAAAAAAGAUUGUGAACAGGAAGCAACUUAUAUGAAAUACACAAAACCCUGUUAUGUGUAUUUAAGAGACAUUGCACUGGGAAUUUAUGGGAGAAAGUAGGCUUAGUUUGGAACAGAGAGGACUUGCUUGGCUUAGGUUCCAUACAACGAUAAUGUGUGAUUAUUGCCCAUUUUUCUUCAUUUCAUGGUAAUGAGAAAUCAAUCAGACAGCUGAUCACAUGGAAAAGCAAUUAUAAUAAAAUGCUACCUGACCUAGCCUGGAGCAUGUUAUGAAAUUUGUGCCAGUAUGUCUAGGAUAGUCUUGGAGAAGAAAGGGAUGGUAAAAUACAUUAGACAAACCAACCAGUAAACUGCAUAUUUAACUGAAGCAUUUGAGCAUGGUACAGGUUGUAAGUUUGGGUUUAACAAUCAUGGGACCUCAUAACAGUGAAAAGACUUGAUAAGGCUGUUCAAAUUUUUAUCACAUUAGUCCAACGGGUUCACAUUAUGUCAGACAGAUUAUAAUAUCCAAGUAUAUAAGCCUUUAAUUAAACUUCAGCUGAUUGUAUGAUAUAGAAUAAAACUGCCUGAGGAUAUAAGAAGGGAUUCAAUGCUUCCCUAUUCAAAGAAUGAACUUUUUUUCAAAUGCGUAUGUAUGCUUGUGUAUGUGAUAUACAGUAGCAUGGUUAGGAGUAUUGUUCAGUGAAAGGGAUGGUCCGGGCUGAAAAUAUUUAUAUCUUAAUACAUAGAGUAGAAUUCACUGAGCAAAAUGCCAAAAAUUUCAUCAAAAUCGUUUAACAAAUAAUAAAGUUAUUGAAGUUUAAAGUUUCGCAAUAUUUUUGGGGAUGUGACAUCAUCAGCCCACCUAAUGAAUAUUCAUGACAACUGUUUUCACAAAAUAUUGCUAAACUUUAAAAUUCAAUAACUUUGUUAUUUGUUAUCCGAAUUUGAUGAAAUUUUUGGCAUUUUGCUCAGUGAGUUCUACUCUAUUUAUUAAGCUAUAAAUACUUUCAGCCCGGACCAUCCCUUUAAUACAUCUCCGCACAGUAGAGUUACAGUUGUUAGUUUUUAAGUAUUAAUUGCUUUAUCAUUUUUGACUUAUGUCAUGUUUAACUGUAAAGAUAGAGAUGAGUAUCACACAGAGCAAAGCUCUUUAAAUAGUUAUUGGUUUGUUAUGAUAUGAAACAAUACAUGGAGAUUCUAAAACUUCACAUUGUACACAUCUUUUUUAUUGAAAAAACCUUCACAACAUGUGAUUAUUUUUACAAAUAUAAACAUUUUUACCUUUUUGUAUUCAUAUGAUUUGUUAUGGUUCUUGAUGAACGAAUCUACUAAUUUAUUGUUCAUGGAAACAUGAAAUAGUGUGUUUGAUAUUAUAUGUACUAGUAAUGCAUCUGUCAAAUUAAAAAGUAGUUCUUAGAAAUUAUAGCACCUGCCAUAGAGAGCAGCUUGCAAGUGACAUCACAAGUAUGAUAUGAUAAUCAAAUCUAAAUCUAUUUGCUUUCGAUAAAUUUUUGUUAUACACCAAAAUUGAUUUAACUUCUAAAUAUUAACUUUCUGCUUUUACAAGAACAAACACAGUAUGCAGGUGGACUUCUGAAAAGGUUUAUUCUAUGAUCAUCUGGAAUGAAAUUAUGUUCAAUGUAAAUGAAUUCACAUUUCACAGUUGUAACUAUACCUUACUGAGUGAUAGAGUUUAGAGGAAUUUUAAUUAAUUUUGAUUCAAAAUUUCAUGAUGAUGAGUUGUAAUGUUUUUUUUAGAUGUUUCAUUUGUAAAUUUGUGCAAUAAAAUGAUUUCUUCUUGCUUAUGAUUAUCACCAGGGUUGUCACCAAGGUCAUAUGAAUAUUUACAUUUUUAUCCCCCCCCCCCCUUGCAAAGGGGUUCAAAGCCAAAUAUAGUUUCCACAAUAUAUGCAUCAAAAUGAUCAUUUUUCCUGUCACGUCAGUGAGGGAAAUACUGCUGGUCAGAUGGGUGUGAUAUAUUGCAUUUAGUGCUGGUCUGAAAUUUGUAUGAUGGGUUUACUUUGCGUUUGACUGGUGGCGGCCACCGUAGUGACAACCCUGCGAUCAUGAUUUAAAAUGAAUCUGAUAAUUGUUUAUGAUGCUAUCAGGUAUUGAGUACACAUUUAAUGAGUUUUCAAUCAUGUACUUCUUAUACUGGACAUAAAAAAUACAUUGUUGUGUAUUUUCAGUUAUCUGUACAAAUGAUAAUUAUAUUAAAUUCUAUUUUGUAUACUGAAAAAUA